CCUGUUCAAGGAGAAAAGGCCGGAGGUUCCUUUACCUCACAAAGGUCAAAAGAGGAACAUGCCAUUUAAAAGUAACUAUGGAGACCACCUAGUCCGCGUGCCAUGACGGAGGAGGGCAAGGAGAAGAUAAUGGGAACGCGCCGCCCGACUCGGAGAGCCACGAACACUGUUUGGGCCGUUAAGGCGGUUGGCGGCAACUCUCCGCCCAGCGGCGGUUGCGUCGCAGCCCAGAGCGUGACUCGGCGCACGCUCUCUUUCCGCUCCUCCGCCCCCGCAGCCAUGCAGGCGGCGGGGGGCGGGGGGAACUACCGCUCCCAGGAGGCUCCGCGCGGCCUAGGGGGCUGGACCAGAGCUGGUGGAGAGGCCUGCGGAGAGCGGCGGGGAAGGGCCGUUUCCGGCAUGUUCAGCUCCGGACCGGGCUCCGCCGACAAGUGGAGGGCAGCGGAGGGACUCCAAUGCCCAGCGGGCCGUGCGCGGGAUGCGCUUGCGCGAUACGCGGACGGGGGGGCGGUCGGGCCAUUUAAAUGUGUGUUUGUGGGUGAAAUGGCUGCGCAGGUCGGAGCGGUGCGCGUAGUACGGGCGGUGGCGGCGCAGGAGGAGCCGGACAAAGAGGGGAAGGAGAAGCCCCACGCUGGGGUCUCGCCGCGGGGCGUGAAGCGGCAGCGCCGAGCGAGCAGUGGGGGGUCUCAGGAGAAGCGGGGGCGGCCGAGCCAGGACCCCCCUCUGGCUCCCUCUCACCGGCGGCGUCGCAGCCGCCAACAUCCCGGGCCGCUGCCGCCAACGAAUGCAGCCCCGACCCUCCCGGGCCCGGUGGAACCUCUGCUCCUGCCGCCGCCGCCGCCGCCUUCGCUGGCCCCCGCCGGGCCCGCCGUCGCCGCCCCGCUCCCAGCCCCGGGCACCUCGGCCCUCUUCACCUUCUCGCCCCUGACGGUGAGCGCGGCCGCCGGGCCCAAGCAGCAUAAGGGCCACAAGGAGCGGCACCGGCACCACCAUCACCGCGGCUCGGACGGCGGCCCCAGCUCCUGCGUCCCGGGCGAUCUCCGACACAAGGACAAGCAGGAAAACGGCGAGAGGGCCGGUGGGGUGCCCCUGAUCAAGGCCCCCAAGAGAGAAACACCAGAUGAAAAUGGUAAAACCCAGAGAGCUGAUGAUUUUGUUUUGAAGAAAAUAAAGAAGAAAAAGAAAAAGAAACACCGAGAAGACAUGCGAGGAAGACGCCUUAAAAUGUACAAUAAGGAAGUACAGACUGUCUGUGCUGGCCUGACGCGCAUCAGCAAGGAAGUCCUCACCCAAGGACAAGCAAAUAGCACUUCGGGAGUUAACAAGGAGUCCUUCAGGUAUCUGAAAGAUGAACAGCUGUGCCGAUUAAAUUUGGGCAUGCACGAGUAUCGGGUACCCCAGGGAGUACAAACACCUUUCAUGACCCACCAGGAGCAUUCUAUUCGUAGAAAUUUCUUAAAAACAGGUACUAAGUUUAGCAACUUUAUUCAUGAGGAACACCAGUCCAAUGGCGGUGCUCUGAUCCUUCAUGCGUACAUGGAUGAACUCUCAUUUUUGUCUCCAAUGGAGAUGGAGAGAUUUUCUGAGGAGUUUCUUGCUUUGACAUUCAGUGAAAAUGAGAAAAAUGCUGCUUACUAUGCUUUAGCAAUAGUGCAUGGGGCGGCUGCUUAUCUCCCGGACUUCUUGGACUAUUUUGCUUUCAAUUUCCCCAACACUCCAGUGAAAAUGGAAAUUCUGGGCAAGAAAGAUAUCGAAACAACCACCAUUUCAAAUUUCCACACUCAGGUCAACAGGACGUACUGCUGUGGCACCUACCGAGCAGGCCCUAUGCGGCAGAUAAGUCUUGUUGGAGCAGUAGAUGAAGAAGUUGGUGAUUAUUUCCCAGAGUUCCUUGAUAUGUUAGAAGAAUCACCAUUUCUGAAAAUGACUUUGCCCUGGGGUACACUUUCCAGCCUCCGACUCCAGUGUCGGUCCCAGAGUGAUGAUGGGCCCAUCAUGUGGGUAAGGCCAGGAGAGCAGAUGAUCCCUACAGCAGAUAUGCCAAAGUCACCCUUCAAAAGACGACGAUCAAUGAAUGAAAUAAAAAAUCUCCAGUACCUACCUCGGACCAGUGAACCCCGGGAAGUCCUCUUUGAAGAUAGGACAAGAGCGCAUGCUGAUCAUGUGGGUCAGGGGUUUGACUGGCAGAGUACUGCCGCUGUUGGGGUUUUGAAAGCUGUACAGUUUGGUGAAUGGAGUGACCAACCUCGCAUAACCAAAGAUGUGAUUUGUUUUCAUGCUGAGGAUUUCACUGAUGUUGUACAGAGACUUCAGUUAGACCUUCACGAACCUCCAGUUUCUCAGUGUGUGCAGUGGGUGGAUGAAGCCAAACUAAACCAAAUGAGGCGGGAAGGCAUUCGUUAUGCUAGAAUUCAGCUGUGCGACAAUGAUAUCUACUUCAUCCCCAGAAAUGUCAUUCAUCAGUUCAAAACGGUGUCCGCAGUGUGCAGCCUAGCCUGGCAUAUCAGGCUCAAACAGUACCACCCUGUUGUGGAAGCCACUCAGAACACAGAAAGCAGUUCUAACAUGGACCGCGAUUUCACUGGAAAGCGAGAAUUAGAAGUUGACUCCCAGUGUGUGAGGAUAAAAACGGAACCUGAAGAAACAUGCGCAGAGAUGCAGCUUUUCACAACCGCUUCAUCUUCCGUCCCACCUUCAUCAGAACUGAAUCUGCAGCCAGACCAGAUGACACAGCCUGUCCCGGUGUUAAAGGUGGGAAGUAGACUGGACUCCGAGCAGCAACACAAGCUACAGGAACAUUCAAGCACUCCUGUGUGAUAUAUCCGAUUUCCCCAUCUCCCACUUGCCAUCCAGCAGAUGCCACCUGUCAUCUGAGCUGGUCAUUGCUAAUACACAAGGAGUCUGUCUCCUGACAGCCAGCACUGUGUUUAAUCACUCAGGAACCAGCGGAUCUGCAAAGACCUACAAUCAAAAGCAAAUCCCCACUUUCCUUUGACACAUUCUACCCUCACCUCCAAUAUUAACACAUUAAAAGAGUAUAAAAAUGUUUAAAAUCAUGUACUAAUAAAUUCAUUGUAUGUUAGAAUUGCAAUAGGAUGGAGAGAGAAACAUUUAGCUAGUAAUGUAUCUGGAAACUGAAUGUCCUAUGUGAGUGAGUAUUAGAUUUUAAUAGCAUGCUUUAAAGACUGAGCAAUAUAAAAGCCCAAGUUUUGAGUUUCUUACUGCUUUCCAAGCUGUAUCCUAGUUUAGUGAUACAAAUGAUUGCAACUUUUCUAACUCAUUAAAUUAUUUGGUUUGGUGGAGUGAGGCAUGGAGCAAACUGGCGUCUUCUGAUUUGUAAAGUAUUGAUGGCAGUGAAGUUGUAACUGAAAUUUAAGCUGAUCUUCCUUUUUGGUAUCUUAUCCGUUGUGCCAACUCUUUGAGAUUACUUGCAGAAUGUGGCUAUAAGUUUUAGUAUUUUAUGGAGCAGCGGUCGCCAACCUUUCGGACCUCACAGACCAUCAGUGGUCCACGGACCACCGGUUGGUGACCGCUAUUGUGGAGCACAUAUUUUUAAAUGUGCUUAUGGAAAGGACCCAAUAUGUGAGUAUUUCUAAUGUCGUAACUAGAACGAUUUUAUGGUAUUCAUGAAUAAGGAUAAAAGUCUUCCCCCUGCCCCAGAAGUCAUUCUAUAAUUACACCAAGAUAUGCUAGGAGUAGGGUUAGGAUUCAAAGCGGUAUUCCAAAUUCAUAAAGCAAUAAUAAUAAAAACCUACAUGAGUUUCCCCCUUCAGAAUUUUAACUCUUUAAGAAGGAAUUCCUAGGCUUACUUGUGCGUUUAUUAAUUUGCUUAUUCAGCACUUAACAAUUUGUUUCAUUGGUACUUCAUUAUUUUUAAAGACUUUUGAAAGGUGCCCUUCCCCCUUAGAGACAGUUGGAAUAUCAGAUGAUUAAUAUUACAAGCUCUUGUAGUAGGAAAAAGGAGCUUAUUUAAUAAAAUUCUUUAAACGUUAGGAAAAGAUGUCUUGCAUCAUCUUGCAUCAGUCUUAAGAGGCAUAAAGUUCACACUUUUGCUUAUUGCCUUCCCCUCUAUAAAUAUUGUCUAGAAUGAAAGCUAAUUUAGGAACAAGACUCCAAAAUUCAAGAAAACCCUUAGUGAAUAUAUUCUUGAUCAUUAAUAUUAGCCCAUAAUAUAUUUUCAUCUGUAUUUGCCAUUAAAAAUUGGUGUUUAUGCCUUCAGGA